AUGGCAGAAUCAAUCACUGCCGCCGAAGAGCAUGUCUCUCUCCCAACGGCCGACCUCGUCAAAGUCGCCGAUCACAUCUCACUUUUACCGCCAUUGUCUCGAAAGGGCCACGGGCCAGGGCUGAUCCUUGUAUUGCCGGCGAAAGCACCCCGCUACACCGAUGGCGGCGUCGUUUGCGAGGACGGCAUUCCGCCUCCCCUGCUCAAGUGGGCAGAAGAAGGAUUUGCAGUGGUGGAGAUUCGAGGCGAAGGGUUCACCCAGGGUUCAACCAUGGCGGAUGUCGUGAAAGCUCUCGCAGCACUGGAAGGAUGUGAGAAGUGCGAUUUCAACGAUGGGAUCGGAAUGGUCGUCUACGACACCUCGCUGUGGAAUGACCUUGCCCGUAGUGGAGGCAUAAGCCCCAAGAUUGCGGCAGCUGUGGUCUAUGGCACGGCGGGGGACUUGGUCACUUCGGUCGCGGUACCCAGGCUCUGUCAUUUCGCGGGAGACGAAAAGGCAGGUUCGCACCCAGAUGCCAAAAUAUACACCUACCCUUCGGUCAGCUCUUCCAAGUUUGUGAUACCCGGUCAGGCCGAGUUCGACAGCACCAACGAAGCCGUCUCGCAUACUCGAAACCUCACUUUUCUCAAGAAGUACAUUCGCGGCCUGGAUUUCGACCUGGAAGCCAUCUGGGAAGAGCACACGUACUAUGAAUUUGCCGAGCGCUCUGUGCCCAAGACCAUGGCGACCAUGGUGCAGGAGCCCUACGUCAAUCACAUUACCACGAUGACGGGCGGCAUUGGCAGAACGAGCUUGACAAACUUUUACAGCAACAAUUUCAUCCCCAAAAAUCCAAAAGACAUGGAGCUCCUGCUUGUGAGUCGAACGAUCGGCAUCGAUCGCGUCUGUGACGAGUUUGUUGCCAAGUUCACGCACGAUAUGGAAAUCGACUGGCUGGCUCCUGGCAUUCCGCCAACGGGGCGAAAGGUUGAGCUUCCGUGCACCUCUGUGGUCUGCGUGCGCGGCGAUCGGCUGUAUCAUGAACAUAUCGCCUGGGACCAAGCUUCGCUCCUGAUCCAGUUGGGUCUCAUGCCGGAAUAUCUCCCGUAUCCCUAUGCGCUCCCGGAUGGGUCGAAACCGGGGCCAGGCAAGAAGUUCGAGUAUCAGGUGCCCGCGGCCGGCAUUGAAACCUCGAUGAAAAUGCUCGACAAGAACAGAAUACCGUCAAAUGGCAUGUUCGAAUACAAGAUCCGAGAGGUAGAUGCUUGA